AUGCCAAGCAAGAGCACCAAAACCUCUACAGCAGCCCAUCGGAAAGGCAGAGAGCCCUUAGAGGAGUCCACCAGUGACAUGGAAGUGGAAAAUGAGGGCAACAGACAGCUUGGCGAAGUACCUCCACAAGCAGUCUCAAAUGAGGUGCUUGAUAAUCGAAGUUUAGAAGAGAUUUUGGGUAGCAUCUCUCCUCCCCCACCUCCAACAAUGACCAAUGAAGCUGGUGCUCCUCGUCUCAUGAUAACUCAUAUUGUAAACCAGAACUUCAAAUCCUAUGCAGGGGAGCAAACUUUGGGACCUUUUCAUAAGCGUUUUUCAUGUAUUAUUGGGCCAAAUGGCAGUGGAAAAUCCAAUGUCAUUGAUUCAAUGCUUUUUGUGUUUGGGUAUCGAGCACAAAAAAUUAGAUCCAAAAAACUCUCUGUGCUGAUCCAUAAUUCUGACGAACAUACGGACAUCCAGAGUUGUUCUGUGGAAGUCCACUUCCAAAAGAUCAUUGACAAGUUUGAGCUGGGGAAGACUUCAUAG